UCGGAUGGGGGUUGGGGGGUGGGUGGGGUUUGGUAUUUGUAUUUGUAUUUAUUUUGUUGUUUUUUUAAUAUCCUGGGCGAAUGGACAGCACUUUGUGCUACAUUCCAUGUAUGAAAAGUGCUUUAAAAAUAAAGUUUGAUUGAUUGAUUUAAAGACAGUUGUUAAGCAUUAAGCUUUAAGAGAGAAAUAUAUAUUUCAGUCAUGGAAAAAGGCAAAGAACAUAAAUAUGUGCUGUGAUAGAUAUGAAAUUUACCAACAAAACAGCAGGAUGAUCAAGAAAAUUGAAGUGAAUAAGGUAAAAACUUAUUACACACUCCAGAAAUGUUAAAAUCUCUGGAUGAAUGGGGUUUAAUACAGUUUUUUUUAAAUAAACAAACAUUAGGUUAACAGAAGAGCUGGGGUUUAUGCCAUGUCAUUGAUAAUCCUUGAUUAUCCGCGUCAAUUUAUCGGUGGCCAUAUAAGCAUCCGGUAUUCGUUUCCAAGAUAAAAGUACUGACACGUUAGUGAACGUAAUCUAGAGAAACUAAAAGCCACAAAAUGGUUGACAAGAUAAAAAGAUGUUUCCAAAAAGUAGAAAAUAAAACUGUAAAGGUACUGGUUUCAUUAAUGAUUCCUAACAUGCUGCCAAAAUAAAUCAUACUUUUAUUUUGAAGUCACCGCUUUCUGUGGCAAUUUCCGGGACAAGUCUCUCACUUGACGCACCGCCCUGCUGGACCACCGCAGCAUCCAGCAUCCAAGGGGGGUUUGACAGAUCAGGGGAACUGCUGGUCACUCAGGUGAGUAAAGGGAUGAUUUGAAUGCAACAAUUUAGCUUUUUCAAUAUAUUGCAGUGUGUUUUAUAGUGUUGUAAAGCAUACUGAACCUCGGCCCGGGUCAAUAUUUGUCGUUUGGCCAUUGAGGACGGUGGUAAUAUGACACCAUCACCUGCCUCUGUCACGAUAACGUCUGUUAACGGUUCAUCUGUUACGUUAAAUAUGAACCUUUUUUUUAAAAAGAGGAUAUUUGUUAUUUUUGUGUAAUAAUGGUGUCUUGUAUGUAAAAUCGGACAUAUUGAAUGUGUGAGAGGAGGAGACAGAUAGGCCGGAUUACAGCAGCAUCAUGGCGUCCUUGAGCAGUGAAGGGCAGAGCGGCAGCAGCAACGGAGGAGGAUGCUGCGGCACCAGCAUUGCUCUGAUGCACGAUGUUAGAUUGUGGAGAAAUUAUUAUAUGUAUACACAUAUAUAAUUACUAUAUGCUUAAUAUCUGAACGGUGAUGUCGUGUGUUACAUUAUUGGAAAGGCUCGUCCAUCUUCAGCCAAUAGGCGCUCCCUUUUCCUGAUCACUUGUCAUGUGAUCAUCAUACAGAAGCCUACCAUACAGUUCAUCAUGGAGUCUACAGAUGAGGAAUGAAGCACUUUACUGAGCAAAGAAGAAGGCACGACUGUUUAUAAUUAUCAGCAGUAUAUGAACAUGUCUUAAAAUGAUUUACGUUUAGUUGGAGAUGGACUGAUAAAUGGGUCAGGUUAUUAAAUUUAUUAUUAAAUUUUAUGAUCGUCUUCUGCAGAUACCUAUACGCUAUAUGCUGAGUCAGCCACUUGAUAGUUGGUAUAGGUGUGCUAGAUUUCCUUUUAUUUUUAUAUUUUACAUAAGUUUGUCAUCAAAAAUUAACAGGAAAAUAUGUCUUGUAGUAGUUUUGGGAAGGUGGUGGGAUUUAAAGGGAUAUUCCGCCAUAAAAUUAAUUCAGGGUCAAACACACCGUAACACUGAGUUCGACACCUCCUCGAGAGAUGAAUAUUGCCGACUGCUUGCUUCUCUAGUCAUACCAACUUUAGUAAAGACCGCAGAUAGCAAUACAGAGAGCCACGCGCUCAGCCACAAAUAACAUGUUACUGGCUAGGAUGGCUUUGGGUAUCAGGUGAAACAGAGGAGCUAUACCUCACUUGUUUCUCAUGUGUUGUCAUUAGACUGUCAGAAUUUUAUCAAAUGCAUAAACCAACUACAGCUCCCAGAAUUCUAGUUAUUUGCAUCAGCCAUUGAAAAAACAAUCAGCUGACUCCUACCCUGUGGCAUACAUGUGAAACGAUAAUGUGACUAUAACCAUUACCACUGCUUGAUGUUCUGUUGGGCUUUUUUCCUGAACAUGUUUAAGAUCUAAGUUUGAUACGGGACCCUUCAUCACUCACAGUAUACACAUAUAGUGGUCCUAACCAGCUUUUUUAUGGCUGCUGAUCCUGAUCCAGUUUAUUAGAAUAGAGAGUAUCUGCUCAUACCGAACUUGUUUCUGAGCUGCACACUGUCACUUGGUUCAGCUGAAGUAACAUUAACCUGAAGAUGUCUUCAUCUUGGAGGACCUUAUCCUGUGUGCAGUAAGGCUCCGCAGCAACAUGGAAAAAACAUGCGAGCAUUCAAUGUCUGUUUUAAAACUAACAGCAGUCCCAUUAUGUUUGAAAUGGCCUUGUACACUAACAGACGUUUUUAGAUGUUGUUUCAAAUUGCUAGUUUUGAAUGCAUCUCUCAACUGCUCACAACAAGACAGUAUUUGUUCUUAGAGGCUGUUGAACUCCUUUAUUUUCACUUUCUAGUUUCUAGCUGUCAUUUUAUCCGCAGGGUUGCUAAUGUUAAGAUACUCUUGAGUGUGCGAUUGGUUGCAAAUUGUGCUUGGUUAACACGCAUGUCAGUCAGACAGCUAACAUAGAUGAUGGGGGGGUUACAAUCCUGAUCCCUGGUCAGUCAAAACCAUAGACUGUAUAUACUAUGGACAACCUGGUUCCGCCCACCGCCUGUAUACGGAUUUCAUUUCCUGAAACCAGUGCUGUGCAGUAGCGUUGUGCGCAUUCGGCCGCGCAGUAGCAGAGAGUCACUGUGAUGACGCUCGGCUCAAACAGCGUAUCCCCCCGGAGAUAUGUUGUAGUUAUUGUGAGAAUGGUUUGUGCUCAAGUCCUCUUUUUUCUGUACAGCUCCAUUAUUAAAAGUUAUUAGGAGGUUCAUGUUUUCUAUGAUUGACACCUGAUACCGUCUAUGGGCGUACAAGGAUUGUGUAGCUUGGGCGAUUUUUUUUUUGUAGGAUGGUAGGGAAAAGUCCCGCCUCCUUCGCCUCUGAUUGGCUAGAAAAGCUGGAAACAUCAUCACACGCUCAAGCCAAAGGCAGGCUGUCAGCUCUGUACUUCAAACAGAACAUUAUCACACUUAUGAAUCUUCUAACCCUAACCCUAAUCCUAACCCUUACCUGACAGACAUUGACGUUUCACAGUCAUCAAGAAUAACCAAUCGGAGCUCAGCACCUAUAGCCAAUCAGAGGCGAAGGAGGGCGGGACCUUCCCCUUACCAUCCUAAAAGAAAUAUAACCACCCGGGGGAUACGCUGUUUGAGCUGAGCGUCCUCACAGCGAUUCUCGGCGACUCUCCCGCCGAAUGCAUACAACGCUACUGCGCAAUGUUGGUUUCAGGAAAUGGAGAAAAAUCGCGGAAUUACCGAGCGCCUUUUGGCUUUAAAUCUGUAUACAGGCAGAAGGCGGAACCAAGUUGUCCAUAGUAUUUACAGUCUAUGGUUGACCCACCGUACACAGUACAAUUUGUUUGCCGCUUCAAAGUUAGCAGAAGACAAAAGUAAUUUAUCGUUUCACUUAUCUGAUUCUUGCUGGUUAGCGGAAGACCGGUGAAGCGCGUCAAAGACGGGCACUCGGGUAUUUCUCCUCCAUGAAUCCUGAGGUGUUUAAUCAUGUUGGUCGUUCACCCUCCUUUGCAUGAUAUAACUGUGUUGUUAAUGUUGCACUGGGAUAAGAGUUCAUUCUUCCUGCUAAAGUUAGCCAAACUUUUGAACGCAGCCGCUGUGGGCUGCUGUGUACUCUCUUAUCUCUCUGUGUGGCUUCUUCGUCUCAUGCGCUUCGGCGUCUUCUUGUUCGUUGGUGUUUGGCGGCGUCUUCCUCGUUCGUGUUGGCCGGCUAUUUCUUCCGGUCGGCGGACCCCAGCAUCGAAAUAAGGAAUCGAACUUUUAAAAUUUGUAAAAAAUUAAAAAAAAACGGUUCCGGGAGAAUCGGAAUGUUAGUCCCUGUCCCCACCGAUGCUCGAGACUCAAUGCCCAACCCUAACUGUAUAUUAAUAUUGCUAGUAAAAAGCAGUUUCUUUAUUUGUCCUUUGACCUGACUUUUAACUAAAACCUCUAUUUUUCUGUCACAGGUACAGUGUUUCUUUGUUGUAGUCGAAGCAGACUGAGGUUUUCAUCAUGGGGGAGCUGUUCAGGAGCGAGGAGAUGACCCUGGCCCAGCUCUUUCUCCAGUCAGAGGCAGCCUACUGCUGCGUCAGUGAGCUGGGAGAACUGGGCAUGGUCCAGUUCAGAGAUGUGAGUAUGACACCCUGAACCCCUGCUUGGUAAACAUUAUCAUAUUCAUGAAAUGACAGACAGGUUUUAUAUCAAAUUAAAGGGCAUUACUGAAAGACAGAAGUAGACAAAAAGUGCAACUGCAUUACUGAGUUGAAAGUAAAGAUGCUGCUGGUCAAAUAUAACCCCAAACAAGCAAAAGAUGUUCAGUCUGAUUAUUACUUGAGUUGAAGAGCUGGGUACUAGCUUUUAAAAAUACUCAAGUAUUACAACGCAAGAAAAAUACACUCAUUAAAUGUCUAUUCUGCUGUGCUGUGCUUGUUCUGAGAACAUUAUCUACAUGUUUAAACUCAGAUGAAAUAGAUAUCCAGAUUUGCAGAUCUAAAAUAAUAAGAACAAUUGAACAACCUGCCAUAGAAUAAAAAUGUGCACCAAACCACUCUAAGCACAAGAAAGCUGGUUUGAAACCUGCAUUUACGAAUUUUGUAGCCUACCAAAUGGUUCCUACUGUUGCACCUACUUAUUUGCAGGGUUCUAAGAACUUUGGCAAGGCUUUGUAAUAAUUUUGACUUUUUUUUCCCAUCACAGCUGAAUCCAGAUGUGAACGUGUUCCAGCGCAAGUUUGUGAAUGAAGUGAGGAGAUGUGAGGAGAUGGACAGGAAACUCAGUAAGUAACAAUACAAGGCUCAGCUAAGGGUACAGUACAGCACCUCCCAGUGAUCAGUCCAACCUGAGCUAUUGAAUAAAAAUGCAAAAUAUCCAAGUUUCUUUCUUUUUUUUUUUUUUUUUUUAAAUCAAAAUUUCAAAGAAAAACUUGAUUUACAGAUGAACGUAUUUACAAAAGGUCUUUCCUGUUGAACAGGGUUUGUGGAGAAGGAGAUCAAGAAAGCAAGCAUCCCAACUGUGGACACCGGAGAGAAUCCAGAGGUGCCUUUUCCAAGGGACAUGAUCGAUCUGGAGGUAAUUAAUCUGCAAUCAGCCUCAACAUAAACAAGUGUUGAUAAAGCACAUGAUGAGAGCUCCAAACAGGAGAUCUCUGGUUGUGAAUAAAAUAUUACCAGGUGUAUGGUAGAGGGCUUUGAGUUCACUGAUGCAGGCUGGGUUCUUGGGGUAGUUUUAGAUAGCUGUGAGUGGAAAUGUGUCUGUGAAGAGAUAAAUCCAUAACAGUGUGUUUCUUUCAUGCGACUGCCAGGCCACUUUUGAGAAGCUGGAGAACGAGCUGAAGGAGAUCAACACCAACCAGGAAGCUCUGAAGAAGAACUUCCUGGAGCUGACGGAGCUCAAACACAUCCUCCGUCGAACGCAGCAGUUCUUUGACGAGGUUUGCUUAUUUCCAUAUGCAUUUUCAGAAUGCAUUAUCAGACGGUUUCUGUAGAUGAAGAAACAAUGGUCUCUGUGAUUUCUUGGACAGAUGGAGGAUCCUAACCUGCUGGAGGAGUCAUCAGCACUGAUGGAGGGCAGUGAAGGAGGCCGAGGGGCUCCACUGAGGCUAGGGUAAGACCUACUCUGAAUCAUAUCCUCUUAUUUUUUCCUGAAUGUUAGAGGUUAUCAUGUCAAAUGAAAAACUGCCUUUUACAAUUUGAAUUAUCACAUAAUAAUUCCGUAAAAGACACAUCUGAUGGUUUUUAGAUCAGAUUCUUUUAUCCCUCUAUGAUCGUAAUUUCAUACUCAAGCAAUAAAAAAGGAUUAGUAGUUUAUUUCUGCAUUUUUUGGCACUUGUUGAGAUGUGAAAAGGCUCUAGAUGGUACAUGUAGUUUUGAGUCAGCAUAUGAGAGCAUUUCCAAGCAGUUUAUAAAUCAAACAUUCAAAGCAUUGAUUUACCACACUACUAGAGGUCAGAAAUCCCAAAGACAUACAUUCCCAGUUAUAUCUUAUUGAUGAAGACGAACUAUGAACACACUGUGGUAUGUUUAUUCCUCUUCUGACUCUUUCGUCUGGUUUUGCAGGUUUGUGGCUGGAGUGAUCAGCAGGGAAAGGAUCCCAACCUUUGAGAGGAUGCUGUGGAGGGUGUGCCGCGGUAACGUCUUCUUGAGGAAGGCAGAGAUUGAGGACCCUCUGGAGGACCCCACCACGGUAUGUAUAUGUAAAAAAAAAAAUCACAAGUAGAACUUUUACAAAUUCACAGAAAUAGAGACAUUACUCUAGUGUCAGUGUAGGGUCUUUAACAACUUUGUUUUUUCCAACAGGGAGACCAGGUUCACAAAUCUGUGUUCAUCAUCUUCUUUCAAGGAGACCAGCUGAAGAACAGGGUGAAGAAGAUCUGUGAGGGGUGGGUUUCACAGAUGAUGAAUAUGAAGCCUCAGAUUGAACAGUUUAUGCUUUCAUUGCAUUUUCUUGGCCUGCAGUAAAGUGUAUUCAGGUUCAAGAGAGAGAAAAGGAGAAAAAAAGAAGGUUUAGACGUCAUGGGCUGACUGUUGGAUUCUUUCCAGGUUCCGUGCCUCACUUUACCCGUGUCCAGAGACCCCACAGGAGAGGAAGGAAAUGUUGGCUGGAGUCAACAGCCGCAUUGAUGAUCUCCAAAUGGUAUGUUUGUAAACAGUUACUUAGUGAACUCCUACCACUGCACCAUUUUCUAUCAUUGAAUUCAAUGGUACAUUUCAAAUAAUAGAAGUUGUGACCUGCUUCUCCUCUUCAUUUUUGUGGCACUUGUCUCUGUUCAUAUUAGGAGCAUCAUAUGACAUCCAUUGUUUGUUUGAAGCCUUUGUUUAAAUUCAGACAUGUGCACAUGAUGUGCUUCACUGGCUGUGUUUAUAAUUUCAGCCAUCCAUACAGUGGCACAAGGAGCAGAGUCCUCCAGUCCCUCCUGUCACUCAGUGUUUCAUGAAUUUCUUUUAUAUUUCAUCCUGAUCAGUUUGUGUGAGACUGUAACAUUGAUCUGUUGUGUUCACACAGAGUUGAUUUGCUCAUGCACAUUAAGCUCCAGCUGAUUGUUAAUCUGCCAGUACAGGAGUCACCUUUUUACCAUUGGUCUUGAACAGGAGUUGAUGUCCUGCUUGGUUUCCUCUCGUUCUUUAUGAAUCAGAUGAUAGGUGUCAAUAAGAGCUUUAGCCUGACCACAUUCAGACCUCACUGUUUUCUGUGUGCUGCUGUACGGGGCUGUGUCCUGACUUUUUGAUAAGCUACAGCACUAUUCUGAAUUGCCAACUUUACUUCUGUGUUUUGUUUUAGUCACUAUUUUCCCAACCAAUAUUAUUAAAGCCCACAUUAUUAUUUUGAAUGUUUUAUGAUUGUUCUUUAUUUAAUAAAUGAUGCUCUAAUUAAGGUUUUGUAAAAAAAAUAAAUCUGCAUAUUCCUGUCAUGCUCUGAUAUUGAGUCAAUAACAUGCACAGAUAUUGAUCAAUAUCAAAUCAAAUUGUGCCCCAAGGAACAGAAACUGAAUUGAAUUGUGAGGAUUUUGACAAUACCCAGUCCUACUGUUGUAUGCUGUUGAUAUAAGGAAAAUCUUCCUUAUUCAGUCACCCUUCUGUAGGCUACAGCUUUAUCUUUACAGCUCUGCUGAUAAGCGCGUAUGUAUUGUUGUUGUGUUAUCAGCUCUGGCCGCCUCGUCACUGAGACGUAGUCAUGCCCUGUUAGACGUAUGCAUGAGUCCUGCUCAUUGUUUUGGCACUAAACCAUUAGCAGUGCAGUUCUGUUUUUGCUUUUACUCAAAGGGGACAUUGUGCUCUUUGUUGCAGUGCUGCUCAAUAAAAAAAAAAAAAAUCAUCCAAAACCAUGCACGACAGGAAGCCUGCUCAGGGUCAUUUUACCUCGAUCUAAUUUAUUUCUAAUCAAACGACAAUGGCCCACAUAUUGCAGGGAGUUAGUUUUCUUAUCUGUGAAAGACCUUUGUCCUGACUCACAGUGUUGUGGUUCCCCAAAGUGUGCCCUUAUUAAGCCUGGAAAAAAGCCCUGGUUCUGCUUGAGAGGUCUGCUGGAGUCUGAGCCUGCCAGCCAGAUGUAAUGAAUUACUCUCCGCUACAAUGGAGUAUUUUACUCAGGUUUACAAAGAAACUCGAGCUCUGUGCAUAAACAUGUCAGAGUCCGCCAGUGUUGUUGAUCCAUUCAUCAAAUCUGACAACAUCUACUCGUGCAUGAAAAUGCUGCAUAUUCUAUGUGUUUAAUAAAGAUUAUCGUAUAUAAAAUGACCAUAUUUGAUGAUCAAACCACUGCAAAGGGAGAAAAAGACUGACUUUCAAUUGAUGGAAAGAGCUUUGACUUUUUUGUCCUCUAAUCAGCCUUUAUAAAACCAAAUAUUCCACAUUUCCUCUGAAGGUGCUGAAUCAAACAGAGGACCACCGUCAGCGGGUGCUGCAGGCUGCCUCAAAGACGAUGAGGGUUUGGUUCAUCAAGGUGAGGAAGAUGAAGGCCAUCUACCACACACUCAACCUCUGCAACAUCGACGUCACCCAGAAGUGUCUCAUUGCUGAGGUUUGGUGUCCUGUCUCAGACCUGGACUCCAUUCAGUUUGCUCUGCGCAGAGGAACGGUGAGUUUGUUUUCUUCUUGUAGUUAUUUAUGCUUUUCAUCAGCGCUGUUAUUGUAAUGUUUACGUCAGCAAGGCGAGCAUCAGAGUCAAACUUUUCCCUCUGCUCUGGCAAAGUUAAAAUCUCAGAGUCCCUCUGCCAAACAAUAAUAUGAUACCUUAUUAUCAAUAUGUUUUUAUACUCCCUGAGUAAUAAAACAACACAUUUAAGUUAGAUAAAUGUAGUAGUUUAAUGUGCAGUAGCAGUCCAGAAGAGUUCUUGUUGUAUUAAGAAAACUAUCGACACUAUUGGCCUUGACAAAGGGUUAGUUGUUCACAAUUAAAUCUCAGUUUUCACCUGUUUCCUAAAACUCUGUAUAUCUCCUGAGGAGUAUUUGGUUUGUGUUGAUUUUGGCGCCCCCUGUAGGUGAAGAUGUACAGCUUAUCACCUCGCUGAUCUUGUUGUUUUAAUCCUACAAAAGUAUUUUCUAUGUACUUGUAGAAAUGUGUAAAUAGUGUUUCCUCAUCAGAAAUCUUGUGCUGCUAUCUCUGACAGUCAAAUAUACAUUCCAGUGAGAAUCCUCGCCAUGGAAAAUGUUAAAGAGAAACAGCUGCUUUUCUUAAAGAGUGCACAGUUCAUCACUUUAUCUGACACCUACCCUCUGGCUGUGGUUUCAGGCUUAAAGAAUAACUCUGUAGUAAAGAGUUAUCUUAUCACUGUUCAUCGUGUUUAUUUUACUGGUCAUACAAAGAUAUUGGUAUGAAUUUCAGUCAGCUGGAAAACCUGCAAACAACUCCACAACUUUAAAGGCCACAGAAAACCUUGAACAGCAACACUGGGAUGUUUUCUUUUUGUGUGAACUAUGAAAUUACAUAAAUUCAAACAGGAUUUUAAACUAUAUUUUAAUUCAGGGUGUUGUUUUUUUUACAUAGAUAUAAUCAGAGCCUUUCAUUUCACAGGAGAGGAGCGGCUCAACUGUGCCGUCCAUCCUCAACAGGAUGCAGACCAAGCAAACUCCACCGACCUUCAACAAGACCAACAAGUUCACAUCAGGCUUUCAGAACAUCGUUGACGCCUACGGCAUCGGGAACUACCGGGAAAUCAAUCCAGGUUUGAUUUGAAGCUAUGACUCCUCCCGUUGUCUCUCUCUGGCUGUCCUCUGAAGAGUCAUUGAUGAUAUGAUUCAAUUAGAGUCGUUAGGAUUGUUGGUUGACAUUCUUCCUCCUCUGUGUUCCAGCACCGUACACCAUCAUAACCUUCCCCUUCCUGUUUGCUGUGAUGUUUGGUGACAUGGGUCACGGCCUGCUGAUGACCUGUGCCGCCCUCUAUCUGGUCAUCCGAGAGAGCCGCCUCGUUGCCCAGAAGAGUGAUAACGAGGUACGCUAAACUGAAGACAAGUGAAUCCCAUAAGCAAGACUCGAAUGGUUUAAUAUCAAGGAGAGAAAUGAGAAGUCGUUGUCUGUCUUUGCAGAUGUUCAACAUGGUGUUUGCCGGUCGGUACAUCAUCCUGCUGAUGGGGAUCUUCUCCAUGUACACUGGCCUCAUUUACAAUGACUGCUUCUCCAAGUCGCUCAACAUGUUCGGUUCUGGAUGGAGCGUCAGACCCAUGUUUAGCACCAAAGGAGCCAACUGGUCGUAAGUAACAUUCUGCUCGUGCUAUCACAUGAGCUCCUGCUGUCUGUGUACUUAGAACAGGAUUAGAGGGAAUGUCAGAAAUUCACACAGCCAAUGAAGCCAAUGAAGAAAUGCUUUGAAUCCACCUUUUGACAUAUGGAGGGAAAACUCCACAGAAAGAAGCAAAUGUUUUCCCUGGAGUUUCUGGUCUUAAGAAUGGAGUCCUCUGUAUUUAGACAGAUUUUUAUUAUGUGAAUGAUAGUCCUCUUCACAGUAAGACAGGGUUUGCUUUCAAGGGUGGCUACUUAGAUUUGUCAUGUCACGACCACAACAACUUUGUUUUCAUGCAUUCACUUCCUGCUGCUCUAUCCAAGGUUUGAGACGCUUGACGGGAACGCAGUCCUUCAGUUGGAUCCAGCUGUCCCUGGUGUCUUCAACGGGCCCUAUCCACUUGGAAUCGAUCCGGUAAAACCUCUUGGCUUCCCAAACCACCUGACAAAAUUCCUGAGUUAACAGCUGACUACGUUAUCUCAUGUGCAAACUUGACCUCGACUACAUACAUGUGCUGGUUAUAUGUUACUGUUUUUCAGUGUGUUCAACUUAAGUAAUGAAAUGAAUAACCAAUAGAAUAACCACAAAAAACAUCUCCUGUUAAGUCCCCAGUACUUUUGAUUUACAGAUGUGCACCUCAAGGUAAAAAAAAGAGAAAACUGACACACCCUCUUCUGCUGGUAUUAAAGGUUCAUUCCUUUUGUUCAUCUCUGCAGAUCUGGAACGUUGCCUCCAACAAGCUGACCUUCCUGAACUCCUUUAAGAUGAAGAUGUCUGUGAUCCUUGGCGUCAUCCACAUGAUUUUUGGAGUGUCACUCAGUCUCUUUAACCACCUGUAAGAUCUGAGCACAUGCACCUCAAACUCUGGUCUCACUGAUUGAUUUUUUUAAUGGUUACGACAAAAGCAGCUUUGUCUCUGUUGUGGACUGUCCAUCCUCAGGUACUUCAAGAAGCCUCUGAAUAUCUUCCUGGGCUUCAUCCCAGAGAUCGUCUUCAUGUCCAGCCUGUUUGGAUAUCUGGUUUUGUUGGUCUUCUACAAGUGGACGGCCUAUGAUGCCUUCACUUCCAAGGAUGCUCCCAGCCUGCUCAUCCACUUCAUCAACAUGUGUCUGUUCAACUACAGUGACCCUACUAACAAGCCCCUCUACGCAGGACAGGUGCUCCCUCCCUCAUCCUCCCUGCUGCCUCUCCUAGCUUCCUACCCCCUCUAACAUUGCAUGGUUGAGCCUUGUUUCAGAGAUUUACACCAGCUUAAACUGAACCAAUACACAAUAGUGAUUACAUAUAAUAUAUUCUCUACCGAUCAGGGCAGCACAGUUUGAGUGGUAGUGUUUUUUGAUACUUCUGUAGAUGUUUUUCCUGCUCGUAGAGACGUGAUUUGAGGGCAUUCAGUGACAGGACUGACUUUCAAACUCCUGAAUUUCCCUCUCUGGUGGCAGAGGUUCAGGACCAUCGAGGCGUUUGUCAUUUUUAAGGUCAAUCCGUACGUUUGAAAAUGUUCUGGCAGAGUGUGUUGAUGUACUCAAAUACCAACUCAAGGCUAAGUUAUGCUCUACGUUAGAUACACAUACGGAUAAAGAAAGAGCCUUCCAUCUGUACUCUCAUUUCGUUUAUGUUUCUGCACAUCCUUUCCAAACUUGAGGAUACAGACCAAUCACUGUAGUAGCAUUGAAAACUGUUGGGGCAGUAAAGCUGAUAUUUUUAGGUAUUUAAAGGGCGUCACAGACCACUGUCUGCAAACUGCCUCUGAUUUGACCUUCCCUGACAGAUACAUUAUGAAUAUCUCUGCUAUUGUUGCCGUGUUUGUUGAUGUCCUAAACUUUUGACUCUUUUUUUGGUAAACUCUCCUCGCAACACCAUAAAGCAGAUGUUGCAAACAGCUUACAGAAAUGUGAUUGGCUGCUACGAUCACACUAAUCAAAACAUAUGGCACUAUUUUUGUAAUAAGGAGGAGCAUAAACGAGCCCUUAACAAUUUUAGUUAUACACUGUCCAUGCAGUGCAAAUGUGUACCAAUAUGGAUACAUGAUGAACUAAAUGUAACUCAAAUCUAAGGUCCCCAUAUGCACCAUAAAAUAGGAAAAACUCCACACACACAGCGCAUGUGUCGCCCUUGUUAUAGGAUAGUGAGACAGUGAUCUCAGUGACUUUCUUAACAAAAUACCUCAAAAACGUAGAGUUUGAAUUCUUUUUUUUUGUCUGUGAUGAAUCUAAAAGUUUUUCAGAUUCCAUAAAAUGUAACAAAAGAAGUGUUAGGUGAAAGGUUUCUUGAAAAAGUACCAAACCAGGUUUCAAAACAUUUCGUACCAGUACCCUCCGGGUUCUGACUUUGCUGUUGCUUUUGAAGACUUUUGGCACAGCAAGUUUCCUGAUAUGUACCAGUUUACCAAAAUAAGUUGAAAGAUUUCAGUUUAGAGUUCUUGGUUAGAGGCAGAAUAGGAUAAUGGGUCCAGAAUUUGGUUUGUUACCUGCCAAAAUAUCUUCCUACAAACAGCCUCUUUUUUUCACAUAACAGCAGCUGAAGCAAUCGGUGGAUAUGAAGCUGCCAGUUUCUGUGCUAACAGUUCAGCAGAGGCGAAACUUACUCAUCUUGACCUGUACCAAAACAAAAGCAUGUAGUGUGCUCAGCCCCUUCGUUUGAGAUGGUCUGUCUGUUCUCUAUGCUAAUUUAAAACAACAAUUUGAAACUAUGUGAAACUAUUGACCCUAUCAACAUUUAAUCAGAGUUUGUAUUCUUCUGUUCCUAUCACCAAACUCUUAUCAGGAGCCUGAACUUCUCUUUUUUUCAUAGUAGAAAUGCAGGAAUGUAAAAGUCGGCCAAAGGAGGGACCAGCAUUCGCUGUUGUUACUACUUUGUUCACCUUGUUGCCAGAUGAAGCCCAAGAUUGAAACCAUAGAAAUACUCUAGCAGAAAGUGUGCAGUCUUGGCUUGCAGGUCAUAUCAGCAUUGAACAGUUGCUGGAUGAAAACAAGGAUCUUUUUUUAAGAUUUUAUUUAUUGCACAAUAGCAAGACUAAAGAGACGUGGCGUUUGCAGGGUUUUCUGUGGUCGUAGUUUCACAAUAGUACUUAGUGUAGUGUUUUCUGACCACUGCUGCACAUCACCAACACCUUGUUAACCUCUCUCUGUUUGAAUCUGUAGAUGGGGAUCCAGGUUUUGUUGGUGCUGAUUGCCCUUGCAUGUGUUCCCUGUAUGCUGGUUGUGAAAACUAUGGUGCUUCGGCGUCAGCACCUGUGGAAAAAGCACCUGGUAUGUGAAUCUGACCCCACCUUUAACCCUUAUUUCUACGUCUGAAGAAAAAAAAGUUAUAACCUUUUCUCUCACCUCUAUUUUUGCCAUUCAUUUCAAUGCACAUUGUACUGUGUAAUGUGGUUGGUUGUGUUGCCAUGAAAACUGCUUAAAGCCAGCCUCAGAAACGCUUAUAUUUGAUGGACAGUGUUAAAAAACUCAAACUGAGGGCACCUUAACAACUUCUUAAUCGAAUGAUCUUGUCCAGCACACAUAGAGCAUAAAAGUGAAGUAGAUACAGUGAGGGAACUUAUCAUGACUAAUGCACUAUGGUGAUAUUCCAUUUUGUUGUCAGUCCCAGCUCAAACAUCACAGCCUGAUUGGUGUCUGUGUACCUUAAAUGACAAAUUUAGGUCGUAUUCAGUUAGUACAAGCCUAGUCCAUGAGACUCUCAAAAUAAAGCUUACUGAGGAAAACAGUCAUGCUUUAUUAGUUUUAAUUGUGCAUCAAAAAUGCACUCAAGAUAAACUAUAUAGAAAGGUUUCAGGCAUAAAGAAUCGAUUGGUUAUGUUUUCACUUAUGUCCAAAGUUACUCCGAAUAAGAGCUAUACAAAUAAGAACAUAUUUAAUUAUGUAGUUCAGAAAAUUCACUGUUAGGAGUUAUUAAUGUAACUGUAAUUGAAAAAGAAAAGCCAAACAGUUCAAAGUCCUCUGAAGUUUUUCUCCGAUUUUAGUAUUACUCUCAGUAUGUUUAUACAAUGAUAAAAAGAUGAAAGAUAUUGUUAAAGUUAAUUUUUUUUUAAAUUCAUAUAAUAAACACAUUUGUUUACAUACCUUUAAAACGCAGCCAGGGAUCCGUUUUCUUUUGUGUGUAUUCACUUCAAACGGACUUAAACUGUUAGAAUCAUUCUGUGAAUACCCCACAGUUUGCACAUUCAGCUUUCUUCUUGAGUUGAAGUUGAAUUAAAUAAACACAUAAAUAGAAGCCAAGUAGAGCAUAGGGAUGAACAAUUUACUCAAUUAAUGGCAGCCAAUGCCUGUGUAUACGAGGCGCUUUAAAAUAUGAACAGAUAAUAUCUGCAGACUCUGCUGGCAGCUUCAUCAGUGGGCCUGCUGUUGGACAACAAAACCAUGACUUUCCCAUCUGAAAUGAGAGUCACUGGCUAGUGUUUCAUGUAAAUUCUGUUAUGAUGCAUAGAAUACUAAAGUUUAGUGUUGCCUCUGACAUAAAUAUCAGUCAUGUCCUUAAUAAGGAGCCCAACUCACCGGGUUUUUCUAUUUUGUGAAUUAACUACAAAUCCAUCUUGAAACAUAAUAACAGCAAAGAUAAGCAUUUAAAUUAGAUAUAUGCACUAUUGAGUCACCUGUUUUUAGUUAUUGCUUUCUGCAUUGGCUGUUUAAAAAAGUUUUAAAAAAGUUUAAAAAAAGAUUGUUUUGGUAUGUGACUCAAAAGGUAAUCCAUGUUCAGCUGAAAAAGGCGUAUCACCUCCCACCACCUUAGAGGAGGCAGACAUGCCUCUGUCGUGACUUGGACUGUUAUUCAGUGCUUCUAUAAACAGCUCAAAGAUGUUACUUUGAGAAUCUAAAUUUAAACAGUUAAUUUUUUUCCUGAUUCGUCAUAAAUCUCACUCUGGAAAGAUCGCCCUCACUGUCUUUGCUCGGUGCCCUUACUUAAAGAACCAAAUGAAAAAGAAAGCGUUCAGUCUGAGGCUUGCUUUAAGCUAGACACAGCUCUUGUGGCUUUUGUAUCUAGUCCCAGAAGAGGGAAGAAACCCCUGCAGAGAAUCUAGAGCAGUCUUUAGAGCAAACAGGCGUGUCCUCAUCAUGCACCGGACUCACCCAACAGGGCACGCAGAAGUUCGGAGGGGUGCGGGUGGGCAACGGACCCACGGAGGAUGAGGCUGGCAUCAUGGACCACGACCAGCUCUCCCAGCACUCAGAGGAAGGAGAUGAGGUAGAUACUGAUUUUUAUUUUGACUUUUCUCUGUGAUAUCUGUGUGGCUGAAGAUGCCAUACCCCAAACAAGUCAAUAUGAUGCAAAGUUUUUUUCCAUUUUUACAGAUAUUCUAAAGGCAUAGUGAGGAGUUUUGAAAAGAUUUUCAAUCUGUGCAGCUCUAAACACAGAGGCCUCUUUCUGUUUCAUAUACAUAUACUGCCACUAAACUCUCUAUUGCAUCUUUGUAUCAGAGAGCAGAGUUUCUCCUGUGUAGUAACAUGAGAAGUGGGUAAUGUGGGCACAACAAUGUGCAGAGAGAAGGAGAGAGUAAGAGCAGGGCUGGAGGGGAGCAGAUAAGAGAUGGAUUUUCCAUUUCAGAAACAUAAACAGAGAGGUGGUUUUCAUGAGAACCAGCGAGUGGAAUUCCUGAGAAUACCACCCAGUUUUUUUCUAUGACUCAUACUCCUGGUGUCUCCUAGGUCUCCUACAUAAUAAAUCUCUCAAUAUUUAUUCUGGGAUAACAAAUUGCAUAACUGUCAUGUGAUAAGGCUGCUUUAUUUCAACAUUAUUCCAGGCAUAUGAUACUUCUCAGUGACAUUACCUAUCAACAGGGAUUUGGAAUGUGAUAUUGCAAAAUUAACGGGAGUAUCAAGUGAAUCAAGCAGGGCAGCCCACUGUAAAUGUUAUUGUUCAGGUACAUUGAUAUUUUGUCUGACUCAUUCCUCUUGUAUGACAUCAUAAAAACACUAAAAUUGGUGUUUUCUGGCAGCGAUAGCUCUUAAAGAAUCCAAAUUUGUGGUGCUGUGGAUAAAGCCAAAGGUAGUUUAGGAUCUGAGGUGUUCAGAGUUCUGCAAAAUCCUCAAACCGAGACCCAAACCUUGCAUGGUCCUGCAGUAUGAUUUAAAAGUUGAUUUUCAAAUUAAGCUCAACAUAAAACUUACAUGCCUUGUGUUAGAAAACAAGAAGAAACCCAAAUUUAAAGUGAGUUUGUGUCUAGAGAUUAGGGGUAUGAACUGCAAAACAUAAUUCACAGUUCCAACAGUGAGGUCUGGAUUAACCCAGUUCCUAAAUUCAGCCACUAACCUUUGACCUUCAUUUACUUUUAAGCACGCAGAGGAGGAGCCGGUAAGAACUCAUGUUUGGUAUCAUCAUAGCAUGUCUAUACAAAGUCUUGUUUUCUUGUUUAGUGCAUCUCGUAGCAAAGGUGGUUUUCUUUGUUUGACCCCUGGUUGACCCGUCUAAAACCGUCUUCUCCUGAACCGUCUACCCUCCUGUAAAAGGCAUGUCUUGUGUGUCGGACUGUGAAAGUGUUUGUGAAAGAGGUUUAAUCGUUUAGAGAAAUGUUUUUAAGUUUCAUUUUCAAUGUAAUUUACAAGUGUGAAAAAUGAAACUGAAAUCAUGCAUUUUCAUGAAACGUCUGAUUUUUGAAUGUUUUUUCAUUUAUUUUACUACAAGUGAAAGUUUACUGACGUUUCGGCAGAUGUCAGUGUUGUGCAAAAUACAUGAAACAAAGAGUUUAUUUGUAUUUCUAUUACUUUUCUUUUUCACUCUUUAUCAUUGUUUUUACACUGACGUACACGUUCAAUCUCAUUACUCCAUUUUCCUUUGCAAUGUUCUGAGUCAAAGUAAGCAAAAGGGUUAAAAGUUUCCUGAAUUUUUUCUCACUUCAUAGAAAGGAGAUAAAACUUUAUAAAAAGAGAAAUAUCUUUUACCUUCUCAUCUUAUAUAAUGUAGACAGCCAUUUGCUCAAUCCUCUGAAAUAGUCUCCAGGCCUCACGCCUUAAUGGUAGUGUUGCACAGUAUACCAAAAUGUGAGUACAUUAUCUUGACUUUAACACUUGGUGGUAUAGCUUUAGAAUUUUCGGACAUUCUGUACUUUAUAUAAAUCAAAUGGUUCAAUAUCAAUCAUGUAAGUGACUGAGAAAGCAGUAUUUUUUUAUCUGAGGCCACUGGCAGAAAGAAAAGCAAUGCCUCUGACACAGAAUGUCCACUACUGACAACAACAGUGGGUCAUCAAAAAAAAAACCUCCUCACUUUGAACCAAACUCACUUGUCAAAACCUGUGUGCAGAAAGAUGGUGCAAAGUAAUGCCAUGCAAGGGGAGGAACACUUCAAGCCUCAUCAAGCUCCUCACUGACAGGGGUGUUCAGAUAGCCUAGCGGGUCCCUCAUGUUGGGGACCAUGGUCCCUUCUAGGCAGUUCAAGUCCAGCCCUGACCCUGUGAGGCAUGUCAUUCCCUUUCUUUCUCUCUAUCUCCUACAUUUUCACUCUGUCCUGAACAGAAAAGGCCAAAAAAAGGCUCCUCAGAGACACUCAAGCUCCUUAAGGACACCAAAGUCCAUGGAUUGCUUCUGAAGCAUUUAAGAGGAAUUGGUCUGUUAGUUGAAUCAAGUUUUGUUCAAAUAUAAACUCGAAACAUGAGGUUAGGUUUGUUAGCUUCUUUAGAAAUCAGAAUUUUACCAGCAGGCUAACAUACCAAACCCUGAGGAAUUCUAGUACCAUAUAGGAAAGUGGCAAAAAAGCACAACAUUUCAGUGUGAAACAUUACUUUGUUCUCCACAUUAAUGAUCCUGGAGCAGCAGAUAAACAAACUAACGUUAGACACUUGAAAUUUUAAGGCAAACCAUUAAAAGAUAAGUUUUCGCGACACAGUUCAAAAGAGUUUGAAUCUUACAAGUUUUUUAAACAUGUACUUUUAUGUUUUUCUUUGUAAACUACUUGCUAAUGUGCAACAUGUAACCAUGGUUACAUAAAGUUCCUGUUUUCAGGGGCAUGAGGCAAGUUUGUCCCAAAGCUUUUAGCAGUAUCUGAUCCAUCCACCUUGAUGAAGGGCGAUUCAGUCAACUGUGGGUGUGACUUCAAACAGAGAGCACUUUGUAGCAGAGUGGAAGUGGGGAGGGACCAGUUCGAGCCUUGGAUCUCAAUAACCCAAGACUGAAUCAAGUUUAGAGUGAAGUGUAUUGAUGAUGUCCAAUUAAUGAGAAUUCACCCCAUAUUUAAGACUCUCCCUCUGUCUGAAAUAAGAGUCUUUCUUUGGAGAAAUCUGCUUAGCAUCGUGAGGCAGGAUCACAGGAUCGAUUCCCAGUCCCAGGAUGAUUUGGUGCAUGUCACCACCCCCCGACCAGAAAGUGCCACUUGUGUUACAUGGUCAAGCUUUUACAGAACCAAUGCAGUCCAUUGCUUGUUAUUUCCUUUACAUAUUGGUUGAGAUUUUAGCUUGUAAAAAAAGAAACAGUCAGACCAUCCACUCUCUAGACUUUAAGCCUGUGAGAUGGACAUGACAUUAACUGCUCACUCCAGGUCUGACAGGCAGCUCAGAUGUUACCAGGGUACAGCUAGUGUGAAACUGCAUGCAUGAUCAGGGUUUACUGUGCCAUACCAAACCAAACCGAACCAAACCAAACCAGAUUACUUGGUGGAAAUGCACCUUUAGUAUUUUCACAACAACCAACCUCUGUCUAAAUGUUCCACACAAAAGCAAAACCAAACCAAAGUCUCAGAAAGUAGCUUAUCUAAUAUUUAUACCUCAUCUUUACGCUCCAGCAUGAGUUUAUUCUGAAACAUUUUUUAAACACACCAAGUGAAUUAGAAACUUUGGAUUGAAUUUAAUCCAAGUAGAGACUGGAGGUGAGGUGUCCCACACAAACCCUUUCUCAAAUAGUCUAAUAUUCAAACCAGUGACUGAUGCUAAGGGUUCUCAUGCUCUAAAAAACACAGUGUAGCCCACAUCUGAAAGUAGGCAUAUUCAUAUAAAACCUUAUGCCAGUAGGUCUCAGUAGGACUUAGUCUGUAAUCCAGUCCAAAAGAAUCCAUCUUCUACUCUGAAAAGUAGCAUUGACUUGAGUUUUGUUUGGUAUUUAUAAGCGAUGAAGGUGUAGCAAACAUAAAGGUUUCCCAUCUGUGCUAAUAGAUGGAAUCUUAUUUAUUUCCUGCACUAUAAUCUGUUCAAAACAGCAUCUCUAAUCAGAGCCCCUAGCCUGUGUAUAUUUUGCCAUUACAGCAUGCUAGCCGGUGUUGUUUUCAUUAGCCGCUCUGUCCCAGACCCUUUCAAUUGGAACAAUAAGUGCUACUUCCAUGAACUCUAUUUCAUGCGUCCAAGGACAAAAGGCAAGCAUGGAAAGAGGAAACCAGAUCAGUGCCAAGCCAAACCAUACAAGAACAGUACAGAGCAACAGGCUUCCAUGUUUGCCCCUCCCUGCCUGUUCCAUACAGGAAAGGCUAGUUUUGCUCGGGGAAGGAGAGGACGGAGGAACUCUGUUGACUUUACAAUACACAAACAUGCUGCUGCUCUGUGAUCCUGCAGGGAAAGAGAAGAAUCAGACUCACACGACACAGACAUUUCAUCCUUUUUUUAUCUGUUCAAACAGAGAUCAGUGCUCAGGCAGGGGUCAAAGGUCAGAGGAGUCACUCAUUAAGAUGAUGGACACUUCAUUCCGUGUAAUUUCCUCUCUCCACGUUGCCCUGACACCUCAAUUGUUGUUACUGGCCACACUGUGAAUAGCAGAGCUGGGUGAUAAUCAUCUCUCAGUGUUAAAUAGAAAGCUUUGUUUCACAUGCCUCAGCUGAUAAGUUAUGAUGGCUUGUGUGUAGGUGUUGUGUAAUUUAUGUGUCUGUUUUUACCGAAAGAAACAAAACUUCUCUAACCAGAAAAAACAGAAACGAUUUUACUGCAAUAUUUAUGGAAAACAUGUAAAUAAAACAACAAGCACUCAAACUGAGGAAAGGUGGAGCAACACUUCAUAAACUAAAUCAAAGCAGAGAAAGUCACUCCCAUGUCAUCACCCUUAUCUAAUUAUAUUCAGAUUUAUUAUCCAGCAGAAGACAUCACUGCUUAGAUCAAUUUUUUGUUAUGAUUUUAUUUUAAUUAUUUUUUUGUCUUGUGUUAAUGAUAACUAUUUUAUUUAUAAUACACUUAAAAAUGCGCCGGAUUGCUUUAUUUUCUGCAUCAUCACAAUCUGCUGUAAUUUUGAAUUUGACUAUUUCCUGUAGAUCUGAAGUCGCAGAACUGAAUGAAAACUAUUAAAAUAAAAUUGUAAAUGUUUGAUUGAUCAAAAACCUGAAGAGUCACAAGAUCUAACACUGUUUUGGAUUCACAGUAAAUCUUGAAAUAUCAAAUUUAGAGUCAAUUAUCAUCAAAACCAGUCUGCAGUAAACUGUAGUUUUUACUACAGUCAUGUGACAUCAGUUACAUCUGCUGAAUAUAAAAGUAGUAGGAAGACAACACUGUGGUUGGCUUCCAUAUCCCUCUGAUGUUUUCAGUCAGGGUUAAGGCAAAGAGGAUAAGAAAGGACUUAAGAGGCAUGAUUUUACUUUACACCAGUAAUCAUUUACCUUUAAAUGCAGGUGAUAAUGAAUUUGACACACCUUUAAAUGAAAUGUCAAACUGAAUUAGUUAUGAAAAGAUAGUUGAUUAUGGUUCAUCUCUCUAUGACUACAGCUAAGUUUUUCAGAUGCCAGUGCUCUCUGGAUGAAUGAUAUCAUGAAUGCAUCUGUUUUUAUUUUUAUCAACUGCUAAAGUUAUUGAAAGUCAGCCUGUUUGUGUGUCCAGCAUCACCUCCUCCAUUUCAGAACAACUCAAACUUUUUUUUGCCUGGAGUCUAGCAUGAAGUUUGCUGUUGAAUUUACACAUUUCUGAAAUCUUUCUCCUUUUCUUUUUUAAUCCUGUGUGAUUUCUGUGUAUGUGCUGCAGUCUCAUACUUAUGUAUGGGAAAUAAAGGGGUGUAUACCUUUUCUAAUUGGAAACAUCAAACACAAGCUUCAGACUUAUAAAGACAUGGAACUCACUAAUUUGAGAACACUGGGAAGAUGUUGGUGGAUGACUUUUUCAAACUCCUCCUCUAAAGCCUUAUAGACUCAGUAAUAAACUAUGAAGCUAGCAAGGCAGCAAAUCAUCUUUUUAUCUGCUUUACAUGAUUUCUUGGUAUUUCCUCAUAAGUUUAAAGGAAAAACUGUUAUGAGUCCACUCACAUCUGUACCUCAAGACUUUUCUUUUCAGCGCUGUAUCUCAGUGUCCCUGUUUGUUAAACAAAAAGAUCAUCAAACAUCAAUCUUUCUAUAUCCAUGCUGCAUAACAUCUUGUCUUUUCACAACAGUUUGACUUUGGUGACGUAGCUGUACACCAGGCCAUCCACACCAUAGAGUACUGUCUGGGAUGCAUCUCCAACACGGCCUCAUACCUGCGCCUGUGGGCCCUCAGCCUGGCUCAUGCACGUGAGUGAAGUCAUGCAAACACACACUCAAAGCAUGCACAGUCUAACAACACCUGUUCUGCAAAAUCAUAUUCAAGUAUGUGAGAGUAAAACAGCCUUUCUGCGCCCUGCCUGAUUUUGUGUUACACGCUGUGAUGUAAACUUUGUUAUCACCACUUUGUGUUUGUGUGCAGAGCUGUCAGAAGUGCUCUGGUCCAUGGUGAUGCGUCUGGGUCUGUCCUCACGGAGUGGGGGCGGGUUCUUUGGCCUGUCAAUCAUCUUCUCAGCCUUUGCCACACUUACUGUUGCCAUCCUGCUGAUUAUGGAGGGGCUGUCAGCCUUCCUGCAUGCCCUGCGUCUGCACUGGUGAGACAUGAAAAGACACACACACACACACACACACACUCAUAUUCCAACCACCUGCACACAUUCAGACCAUUUUUGCAGCCAAACAUGUUUGCGAUGUGAUGCACCGCUUGCUCUGCACAUGACAAAUGCAGAGAACAAACUCUACCACAUGGCUGCACAGUCAAUCCUGCGUUGAGCAAAAGCAUGCACUCACCAGGAGGUCUUUCUUCAACUGAAGCUGCAGCCUUACAUGCACACAAGUUUUUUCCAGCACAUGAAAUGUAAUGAUCCCGGAGCAUUCAACUAAACGUUCAGUGUACAGACCUCCAGAUAACCUCGCACCCUCAAACCCCAUCGCCUCCUAGCACCACCUGCACCCUGCUGAACCAAUCUGCACAGAUGUAAACUACACUGACACAUGGAGAAGUCAGUCAUAAUUAGACAUACAGGAUGUUAUCCAGAGUGGAGAGAGCACAGACCAUCAAAAACACACCAUGAUGAGUAACACUGACAUUCAGGCCUGUGGUGAUCACUAUGUGCUGUAUAUAUUAUUGAAAGAUAAAGGCUGCAUUCAUGAAUCAUUUUAAUGCAUGUAUUUACAUCUUCUCAACUAUGUCAGAGAUGUGGAUCCAGAGUAAGUACUUCAGAUAACUAUGAGGAGGAGGUGAUGUAAGGCUAAUGAUGAUAAAUGCCGACUUUCCCAGGAGGGAAACAUCCCCUUCAGAACAUAGUAGAGAGUUAAGUACAUGUAGUAGCUUUUAAAAUCACAUAUGAAAUCAGUCAAAGGGUAUAGGAAAGGGUAUUGUUUAAACUGUGUGAAUGCACAAUGGCUUACUUAAACACCAGUGCACAAAAAUGCUAUUUGACCCGCAGUGGAGUUUGUGGUGCGUUUAACUUUUGGCAUGUGGUUUGCAAAUGAGUCGAUAUAAAUCAGACAAGACUUACACAGGUUUUGCAGCCACAGAAGCCAUGCAGUUCCUUUGUGAAUCAGGCUGGAGAUUAUAGAGUUUUUCCAUUUAUUCAUAAUCUUCUAAAUGUGCUUUAGGGAAAUCAGGAUCGCUCUUGUACUGAGCUGCAUCCCUCCAGUGAGUUAGGUUGCUCUUUUCCUUGGUAAAUUCAUUCAUAAAGUAGUCCAUGUGCGUCUGUAAUAAACUGGGUGGCUCAUUUUUUUAAGUUUAGGUGUAUUCUUGUCUCCUGCAGACCGAACAGCUGAUCAGAGUUCCUGCAGGUCACUCCAGCCUAGCUUGCGUACCAGCUCUCUGUAGUUUUAUCAUCAAAGGAGCUGACUGGCAUCCAUUGUGGCUAGUACACUUAUAGUUACAUGUUCCUCACAACCACACUUCAAAAUAAAUACUGAAAUAUCCCAUGAAGAGCCAUUCUUACAGUUCUGAUGUAUUUGUUUUCAACUAAGAAGUGUUUUGCUGUUAACCAUGCAGUCAGCGUGGUUCAUUACUCUUACAAACUACAUGAUUGUGGUUCUGAUUUCAUGUGAGCAGCAGUGGCUUUCUCAUGGUAAAGUUCUGUAGAAUAAAUACGGUGCACUUUUACUUUCACUAAGAUUGCUGUUUGGGUUUAACUUUCUUAAAAUAAGUGAAGUUAUGUUGUAAAAUUGGCCCUGUCUGCAGCUGUUAGUGGCCUUGCACCCUUCCUGGUUCUCUGCGUGGUUUCCGAAGGGGCCAAAGCUGACCGGGUUCCCCUGUGGGUAGUACAUUUACUGUACCACAUACAGCCCCACCCCUGUGUGGUUGACUGACUUUGAAUGAUGCUAGGUUUUCAGACUACUCUGACUUUCAUGAUCAAAAUUUUGAAGAAUCACAAACGAUUUGAACAAGUUUUAUUUACCUUAUCGUGUCUGAUUUGGUUCCUGGUCUGAUCACAGAGCAUUACAUAAGGGUUUAGAGAUGAGCAGAUAAGAGAGGGAGAGUGUUUUCAUUGGACAGAGGUAUGGUUUCCCCUCUAAUGGCUGCUCUUGGCCGUACUGUUGUAAGCACUUUAAGAACAAGCUGUCCGUCUGUCUGUCUGUCCGUCCUCAGUCUGCCUGUUUCUUCUGUAAACUCAUGGAAAGUUAUCCGACCACCUUUCAAAUAUGAGCCCAGCUGUUUUUUAUCCAGACCGUGUUGUUCUUCAAAGGAGCCUACAGUAUGUGUUGUAUGGACCCACCUCUCUGCUGAGGGCUGGCUGUAUGUUCCAGGCAAGAGGUCAUGUUGUACCUAGCUUUAAUGCAGACCAGACCCCUAUGGAAGAAACUGUAAUCAGCUGAAAGGAUGCAGAACGGUAUAGACAGACUAGAAAGAGCAAGAUUAAAGGACCAAACAACACGCCUUUGUUUGUGUGAUUGCUCAAGUUAAGUUACUUCAGACGAAUAAUUUCAGAGCUAGUAUAUUGAACUAUGGGAAUCAUUUUUGGUUUAAGAUACUACAGACCUAGUCCUAUUUAUGUUGAUUUGGACUGAGAUAGACCUCUUGAUGUUGAUCUAAAACACCAUUAAACCCAGCUAAAUUCAGUACUCUAACAGUCUCAAACAUCAGUAAUAAUGUUUUCAAAAUUUAAGUUCCUAGAAUUGCACUUACAGACCGUUAUUUCAAGGCAAGAGAUAGGCAGGUCUUGUCUGCAGUGUGUAACGCUCAGAGGUGUAAUGAUGGGAUGAAGUCGCUCCUCUUCUGAUGGUCCCUCAGAGGUAGUAACAGAGGCAGAAUGAUGGGGAAAGAUGUUGAUUGUGUGUAUGUGGAUGAUUCAGUGUGUAUGUAUAUGUGGAGUUCUUGAUGUGUGUUAACAGCCCUGCCUCGAGUGGUUCUGCUAGUGAUGAGUAAUCAGACACUGGCACACCAAUAUCACGGCAAUUUGAGGAGUAGUGUGUAAGUACAGAAAUGUGAUAAAGGUGGAGCUCUGUUCCAGCGCUGUUGCAGGGUUGCAGUGUGCAAGAGGCUUGUUGAAGUCUCAGUUAGUAAGAGGUCUGAGGGUAGAGUAGUAAUUAUAUUGUGCUCACAUGCUAUUUUCUUGUGCACAAAGUUUUAGUAAUUUUAAUGUUUUUUUUUUUUUUGAUGAAUUAUCUUGGGUGCCCGGCAAGAAACAGCGAGCAGGACCAAAUUACUAGGCAAGAAAAAAUAAUAGACUUUGCUGUAUAAAAUAUGCUACAUGCAGUGGAGUGUAUUCAUUGUGCAAAAAUGUUUUGUUUUUACCAUAGACUGUGUAUAAAAUGGACGGCGUCUGCCUCCUCACUGGGUGAAGCCACCCUGAGAACAGCACCCUCUGGUGGCGGGCUUCAGUAUAGGUCAUAAAUCCCGCCUCCUCCAGCAAUCCCUAUGGAGCUGUGGACAAACUUUAGAAAUUAAUUACACAAAAUAAAAAUUUUUCUCCCCCCUGGUUGCGAUGUUGACAUGUAGUUACUGUAAGACUGGUUUGUGCUCAAGUCCUCUUUUUUCUGUACAGCUCUAUUUUUAAAAGUUAAUAGGCGGCUCAUGUUUUCUUUGAUUAACAUUUGAUACAGCCUUUGAGCGUACAAAGAUUGCAUAGCUCACCCAUGUCAUCACAGCAACCUUUGGCGACUCUCCCGCCGAAUGCGUACAAUGCUACUGUCCAAUGUUGGUUUCAGGAAGUGGAGAAAAAAUGUGGAAAUACCGAGAGCUCUUCGGCUUCAAAUCCAUAUACUGAUGGAAGGCAGAGCCAAGUUGUCCAUAGUAUAUACAGUCUAUGGUUUUUACAUGUCUUAAAAGGUCUUGAAUUUCAUAAAUUUUAGUUUGAGAAUCAUCCAGCAGCCCUGUUAUGAUUCUGUGCUAAAACCAUUCAUCAUUUCCUGCUCAAAAUACUUCUGUAAUCUGGGCACCCUUUGGUCUGACCAUUGACCAUUUGUGUUCUAGCUUGAACACAGAAUAUUUACAACUGGCCUUAUUUUCAUGAUUAAAGUUUGUAAUAUCAGCUGAAGCCAUUUAGUCCCAGGACGGGGUCUCAGUGUCUGUGUUCCUUGUGGACUACUGAAGACCUUCAAGUCUAACACUUAGAGCCUUUGAGAAAUUAGUGAAGUAAGGCAGAGUUAAAUGUUGGGAACAGCUCAAGAAGCAAAAGAGCAUCAGGAACGAUGUAAAAUCACAGUUCUCCUCCUUUGAAACACUCUAACGUGACAUUUAUUUGUUUAAAAACUUUGUGUUUGUAGUUCUGUGGUGCUAAUGCAGAUCACUCCAAGCUGAGGUUUGCUUCACUGCACCUCUCAGGCUCAGCUGUGUGUAGCUGUAAGAGGGUGACGCACCUUCAUAAUGCAACAGCAUCAGCAGCAACAGUGUGUGGGCUCGGCAGGUCUCUGCUAAGGUUAAAAGGAGUAGUGGAGUAUUUUUCACAGAGGAGAGUGAAUGGAAAGGUUCAAAGUAAACAGCAGUCAAUCUCGACCCUCUGCUCUGCUGUCCACUCUUCACACACACGUGCUGAUGAGUUGUCUGCACACACAAUCACACACGGCAGAGUGAGCGAAGCGAAGUGUGUGCUAGGUACCAGCAUUUUUUCCACCUCCACAGCUGUGUCGAAAAAACAGACCAGAGGAUUUCUCUCCUCGUUUUACGCGUUGCCCUCUCACAGCUCGGCAGGCCAAAUAUUUGCCACGGCUGGGAGACAUUCCUGGGCACUCCCCGAGCUCACUGAAGCCAGGAACCAGCAGGAACCGAGAAUCUGCUCUUAUUGUUUUCCUCCUAAAUGAAGACAUCAGUGGCUGUCAUGAUUUCAGAAUUACAGCAUUUGAACUGAAGAUACGAGUACAUACCCACGGCAUAUCAGAGUAAACAUGGCAGAUGAACUCAUAAAUGAAGAGCAAAUCACUGGUGGGGAAAUCUGUAAUAUUCUGGUCCUGGUUUGUAUUAACUCUCAAGAUUGUUUUCAUCUGGCAAUGGCUUCUUCAGUGCUGGAUUUAUUUAUUUAUUUGUUGUUUUUUUUAUAUAAAAAUAGUGAGUUGCAUCGAGUUGGCCAAUAAUUGUAAAUGUUUAGUGGCUCUUAACUUACAAGACUAAAACAGAGAUGUAUGUUCACAUAAAAGUUCCAAUGAGGAGCUUUUGGUUUUCGUAAAGUUUGGUCGGCUUAGUUCGACUUUAUUGGCAAGAAAGUUAAAACAAUCUUGCCAAAGCAUCAAUAAUAUUACAUAUUGAUCACUAUGCAGUAAUUAAUUUAAAAAGCAUAACAGUCUGUGAUUAUCUUGUGUUUUGACAUAAACUUUAUCCUGCUAACUUUAAAAAUUUAAAUCAUCUUAAUCUUAUGUGUUUAUUUCCUGCAAGGACUAUAUAAAGACUGACGCGUUCAUUGCUUUUAUUUUGAAAAGAAAUGCACUGGAAUUAACAGUAGAGAAACUGCUCAAACAGUAUGUAUAAUCUAAGGAAAGGAUCCCUCACAACGAUACCAUAAGUGGUUUUCUCAGGUUUAAUAUGGCAGUGUCUGGGCGAACAAUGACACUACAACUGUAGUGUUGGUUGUGGUUAACGCAAGAAAGCAUUGAGUUUGUAACACGUGUGAAUCACUAUUUAUUUCAUAUACGAUAUAUGUCAGGCUUAUGUGGAAAAGAUGUCCAAAAAGAUGUUUUUCAUGUUAUUUGUUCUAAAAGGAUUCAUUUUAUGUGUUCAUUUCAAGCUGAUAAUAAUAAGCUGAACUUGGAGUUAAAUUCAUGAAUAGAUAAACCAGUUCAAUUUAUAAUUCCCCAAUGGUUUAAAGAUAUGUAUUAUAAUGGCAUUUAAAACUUCGAGUAUUAAGGAUUAAGAUGCCAUUUCGUCUGACAGUGGCUUUACCAGGAAGUUAGACAGAUGGAGUGACCCUCAAAGACUUACAACUCUUGAUCGGUUGAGCUUUGCUAACAGUGAAACAGUAUGAAUUAUUGUUUGGUCUCAAAGGUCGUAGAGUUUACUCCCAAAUUUAGGAUACACCUUCACUGAAAAACUUCCAAAUCCAGAGAGGAUGUACAGAAACUGUAUUUUUAAAAGUGCUUUAAACAUUCAGCAUGUGUCCUUCUCCACAGUGAUCCAAACUCUGGUUGACAUUAGCAGAUCAGUUUUCUGAAAACACUUUUUCAAUUCAUAAUCUAUGCUUCUCAAUAUCUCAGGGGUGCAUGCAGCACUCAGUAUUGGUGGAAAUGCGGGGAGGUGUCAGAUAGACUCUCAGCAGCCAUAUUUGGUCACAUAGCAAUCUGAGCCUGUGCAGACCAUCAGACUAUUGCUCAUAAAUGUCCCUCUCACCGACUCUCACAGUCCAUUUCUAUGUACUGAUGUCAUGUCUGCAUCUUCGAACUUUGGAGCUACUGUACAUUACUGUGUGUAAGACAGAGUUUAGGCUGCAUCCUAUACACCAGUGCAACACAGCACUGGUAUUGAAUACAGAGGUAUUUUAUAGUGUCACAGUAGAUUACUCUGGAAGUGACGCUCAAAGUUCAAGUGACCACUUUGCUGCCAAAGUGUGCUGGAUACACAGAGAGGAAGAGGAAUGCAGCAGCACUUCAUUAAAUCAGUUUUCCUUCUCUGUAAGCUCCUGAUCACGCAUUCAAAGAAAAGCGUGGUACACAGUUUAGACAGUCCUUUAUGUGCAGGAAAGACUCUUCAAUUUGGAACCACAAAGACCAGCUGGGGAAGGACAGGAGGCUCAGCAGCUUGGCUCAUGCAAGUAAAGCUGAAGGAACUCCCCAAAACACUAGCCAUUCAUCACUAUUAUGGAAGCAUAUUAAAGACAGGAAAUAAGAAGAGGGGACUGGGUCUUAAAAAAGGAUACUGAGAGGUACAAAGUCUAACAUUUGAGAAAAUAAGUGUGAAUUAUGAGAGAAAAGGUGAUAAAUAUGACAGGGGUCAUUAAUGUGAGAAAAAAUAUAAGAUUUUAAAAAGUCUUCAUUAUGUCGGUCAUAAUGUCGACAUAAAAGUUACAAUAAUGAGACAUUAUUGAGAUAAAAAAAGUCAUAACUCUGUGGAAAUAAGUUGAAAUUAUAAAAUAAAAAGUCACAAUUAUGUUUUUUAUUUGAAAUUAUUUCUCAAGAAGUCAUAAUCUUGACCUUUUAAUACCGUAGUUCUACUUCUUUGUGUCUCUAUUGUGAUUUUCUAUCCAUAAUUAUUCAAUUUUAUUUCAUAGUUAUGACCUUUAUCUUAUUAUUAUGACUUUUAUCCCAUACUUAUUGUCUUCUGUCUUCACUUCCUGGAACCACCACUUGCGCAAUAGUAUUGUACGCAUUCAGCGGGAGAGUUGCUGUGAUGACGCUCGGCUUAAACAGCGUAUCCCCUGGGUGAGCUAUGCAAUCUUCGUAUGCCCAUAAUGCAUCAGAUUUUAUAGUGCUUUUUGUCAUUCAUUCGCUCACACAGUCACGACCUAGUGGUGGUUAACUACCUUGGUGGUCACAGCUGCCCUGGGGCAGACUGACAGAAACAUGGCUGCCAGUUUGCGCCUACAGCCUCUUCGACCACCACCACACAACACUCACAUUCAUACACCAGUGGAGGACACACACUGAGGGCAAGGUGGGUUAAGUGUCUUGCCCAAGGACACAACGGACAGACUAGGGAUAGGACAGGGCUCGAACCGUCAACCUUCCAGAUAUUGGACGACCGCUCUACCUCCUGAGCUACUGCCGCCCAAUAGGACCAUAGGCUGUAUCAAGUGUCAAUCAUAGAAAACAUGAACCCUUUAUAACUUUUUAAAAAAGAGGACUUGCGCACAAACCAGUAUUACAGUUACUACAUGUCAACAUCACAACAAGGGGGGAGAAAAAUGUAUAUUCUGUGUAAUAAAUUUCCAAAGUUUGUCCACAGCCCCAUAGGGAUUGCUGGAGGAGGUGGGAUUUAUGACCUAUACAGCAGCCUGUCACCAGAGGGUGCUGUUCUCGGGGUGGCUUCACCCAGCGAGGAAACGGAUGGCGUCCAUUUUAUAUACAGUCUAUGGUUAAAUAUUAUUACUAUCAGAAUUGCAGAAAUUGACUCCAGGUUUUGUUGUUUCAAUGUGGAAUAAAGAUUAUUCGGCUCUUUAAAACAGGAACUUCUGGAUUUCUGUUCAGUUAUCUGUAAUUAUCAAAAUGGAAAAGAAAACUGUCUCUCUUCUUCUUAAUGGUCCUGUUUACUUCUUUAGAUCAUAAAGAGACAUCAGUAUCGCUUUCAGCUUGUUUUAUCACCAGCUAAAAACUCCUGACUAGAGCUUUAAACUCAGUGUAGAGAGGUCAAAGGUCAUCAUUUAGAGGGUCUAGUCAGUCACAUCUGCUGUUGUAUUCUGUGUAAGGAAGUGGAUCCUGACUAAGGCUGCGACCUGUUGGAAUAGUUAACAAGUCUCUGAAGUUCCUCUGUUCCCGGGCAGAUUUCCUGUGUUGUGUGGGAGGAUUUUUCUUUGGUCUGUGAAUUACUGUGUUGGAAUGUGCCCUGCCUCAGAAAACAGUACCUCCAAAAGAUUUUAUCAACCUGCACUAAUUCCAACCUGACAAAUAUCUGAUUUAUGUCAGAGGAUCUUUGAUACUACAGCUCACAUUGAAACGCUCUAAUGAACUCCUGGACCUCUGCUGUGCUGUUGUUCUGUUUCAUCAGAUCAGAAUUUAGUCACAGCAGUUCUUCUCCUGCCUGUGCUCUUGUGUACUGCACAUACACUCAGACUUGAUGCCAUUGCUAUUAGCUUCAAUCAAUCAAUCAAUCAAUUAAUUAAUUUUUAUUCAUAUAGCGUCAAAUCACAACAGUCGUUAUCCCAAGACGCUUCCAGUUUGAUGUAUUACAAAGACCUAAGCUAAAGAUGGUGCUUCAGCUGCACCUUCUGCUGAGAGCUGCAUCUUCUGCCCUGAAAUAGUCAUGAACAGAUUUGUGCUUUUUUUGAAACUGGGGUUUGAGCUUCACAUCAAAUAACCCAAGAAGAGGUUAGAGUUGCAGUUAGACUAUUUGUGAAUUAAGCUACUUUUUUCUUUUACUGCAAGGACUCGCUGCUGCCUCUCUGCCCCUGAUCAGCUGAAGUAAUAUUUUAAGUUUCAUGCAUUAACAAUCUAAGGAUACGCUUUGCCAUGAACCUUUUACGCACUUACUCAUCACUGCUUCAUGUGGGCUCCUGUCGGCUGGCCUGCAUCUUUAUCCAUACACUGAAUCACUGGUGUGUCCAGGGCUGAAGUAGGACUCAUUUUCAGUCCUAGAGUGUUGUGUAUUUAUUACCGUAUUUUCUGCACUAUAAGGCGCACCGGAUUAUAAAGCGCAUUAAGCCAAAAAAAAACAGUCAGAUAAGUCAAAAUUUAUUUAACUCAUUCAAUAACUCCACGAGGCUACGGUAGCUGCAGUGCUCCGACAAGCCAGGAGGAUUUUAAGUGUGCCUUAUAGUGUGAAAAAUGCGGUAGAUACACAACAGAAUAAAGGGAGGGUCUUAUCUCCACACCAAAGUGAUACUAUGAUGAGCUGAUGGGGAGCCAAAGAGCUGGGUUUUGUUGCCAAGCCAAAUGAUCAGGGAUCAGUACAUGUGGAGGAACAAAUGUAACUGCAGAGCCGCUAACCUAAACUUAACUGUCUGCUAAUAAUGAGCAGCCUACUCAUACCCCUCUUUAAUGAGUGCAGCAUAUACAGUCACUUUAAACCAGCUCUGGCUACCCUGCUACCAGCCCAAGACAUUCCCUGGUUCUUCUGAUUGGCCAGUCUGGACCUAAGCGUGUCCUCUGUAGCUCCUUUUCACUGUCCAAAGCUCUCUUUCCCACAUAAACCAUGUGAGCUGACAGCUGAAUCCUCCUCUUCAUUCUGACUAAACUGAUAUCAUUCAUAUUGAUCAUGUGAUUUACUGAUGUCUCUGCUCUUGUCGUCCCUCUUCAGGGUGGAGUUCCAGAACAAGUUCUACUCCGGUCAGGGCUUCAAGUUUGUCCCCUUCUCCUUUGAGAGCAUCCUGGAGGGACGAUUUGACGAGUGAUCAGCCCUGAGCUCUUCUGUCCCUCCUUCUCCUCCUCUGUGUUUGUGUUAGUGUGUGUGUGUGCAUGAGCCCAAGUGCAGCCCUCUUACACCCUCUAGUGGUCAUUUUUGUAACUGUUAUUGUGUGUGAGCUAUACUGUAGUCCUUGUCAAAGGUUUUUCCACCCCACAUGUGCCAAGCUGUACUCAUACUGGAGCUUCUAUUGCUGUGGCACAGUACCAUGACUGUACUGGACCGGGUUUGUUUGCACCUCCUCCGCCAGCUUUCCCCCUAACAUAUCCAUCACUCAGUGCAGCUGCUGAGGUCUGUGUUCAUGUAGAUGAAUCUGGAAAGAACCAAGCCGUGUAAUGGUGAUGGUAAAAUCACUCCUUCACCGUAGCUUACAGAAACUAAUGGCCUGACUUAUCCUCACCUAACCAGCUGCACUACACCUUCAGAAAUAUAGACACCAACUGCAGGGCAUCUUUAGCUUAUCUACAUGGAAGAACUUGUUUCAGAGCAGCACACUCCUUCUGCGAACCAAAACACACAUUUAGCCCUCUGAUGCGACGUCUGAGCUCCCUCAGGUCAGCAGUGAAUAGUUGGGGGUUUGAAGAGCACAUUCAUUGACUUUUCUAAAGAAGAGCGUUGUUUUUAAAACCCACUCACCCUGUUUUUUAGGAGAUUGUGAAAAAUGUUCCUGUCUCUUUUAUCCUGGCCCGGACGCACCUAGACAGGUGAUUUUUUAAAUCUCUUGUCUAUGUUGAUUCUGGCACCCCCUGUGGACAAAGCGGUUUGUCCUGAAUGCGUCUGAAACAUGUAUUUUUCACAAAAAAGAAUCCCAUUUGUCACUCAGUGAAAAUCUUUGUCAUGGAAGAUGUUUUUAAAAAGGUCAUUUCAGUGACUUCCUGUCAAUAAUUUUGACCGAGACCAACACGCCCUCUGAGUGUGUCUUUAAAUGGAUGCUCUUCUUUGCUUUUUGAAAGGCAUAAAGACACAUUAUCAUUUGUUUCAGUCUGUUUAAUGGUAGACCAAAAACAUAAGCUUUAAAUAAAAGUAGAUCAAAUAAAAGAAAAUCUGCAUGAUAAAAACUAACAGUCAGAAUUGUUGACGUGUGUUUAAAUUUUAUAGUUUGACUCUGUUCAAUCUAUAACAGGAAAAAGAUAACUUUAUGACCUUUACUACCAACGGUCACCAGGGGGAGCUCCAAAUGCCCUGGCUUCAUUCUGACAGCUGAAGAACGCCAGAUUCCUGUAUUUCGCCCACUGUGAGACUCUUAUUUCUAAAGGUGUGCUGUUUUUGAGGAUCAGGGUCGUAUCCGUGUUGUUAAGUUGUGUCCGGUACAGUCUGGCACAGUGUGGAUGUAGGAAAACCUUUAACUAUUCAUCAGGCUGGUGAUAAACUCUGUCAGAUUUACUGACAUUUUUCUCCUGCAGAAUCAGAAUCAACAAACAAGCAGCCUGAAAAUCUCAGUGUUCACUCCCACAUGUAGACCUGUCUCUGCAGCCCACAUUAAAAAUAUGUGUUGGUGAUGAUACCUGACUGGGAUGACUCAGUGUUUGAAAGUACGUCCAAAAAAUCCUGCCAAACAGCUAGUAGAGUUAAGAAAUGAAAUAAGUGUAUUGGUUUGUGAUGAUCUGACUAUGACACAGUGUUAUAUGAGCGCUCUUGAAUGGAAAAAUCGCAGCCUCCAGAUGAUGAGAUGAAGACAUAUUUACCUCUGUGCUGUGUCGUGAACCCCUCUGUGCUCUCUCUCUGUAAAUUAUUGUGAAACAAUCGAAGGUCUGAACUGAUUAUUGUUAAAUCUAAAAGUUUGAAACAUUUCCAACUGCUUCAGAAAUGUUAGAGGAGUUUGUGACACACAUAAAAUUCAACAUAUCAGAGCUUUAAUUAAUAAAUGGCAUGAAUGUGCAAUAUUUACAACAAUCAGGACACAGCAUCUAUCAGAGCUAAGGAAGGAUGUUGAGUUUUACUGAAACUCAGAAAAGUAAUCAAAUGAUCAGAGUCGUAAAAGUUCAUAGAGUUUGAUGUCAGUUCACAUAAAUUUACAAUCCUACACAGCUGAUGUUGGUCUGUGACUGGUGAAGUGAACGGUGAUGUGUCUGUGAUCAAUAAAGAAGAAAUCUAUUGGAUCAUCU